AUGGAGUUCGUGUUAAAAAAUUGGUAUGAAAAAAAUCAUAACUCUGGAGAUCAGUUAAUUAAGGAACGAGGAAUAUGUUUGGAGGAUGACUGCAACGUUAAAAAGUUUUAUGAAGUUUUCAAAGAAUGCGAGACAAGAGUUAAAGGAAAACCAUACACCGCUGAGACUUGUGAGGAAGAGAUCGUGGAUUUGAUGGAAGCUCUCGACAAAUGUGUCGGGCAUAAGGCCUUUCAUAAGUUUGCUUAA